CUGGUGGUCCCCGAGUAUUGUAUCCAUGGACUCUUCUGCCUGAUGUUCCUCUGCGCGGCCGAGUGGGUCACACUGGGGCUGAACUUGCCCCUCCUGCUCUACCACCUCUGGAGGUACUUCCACCGCCCUGCCGACGGCUCCGAGGGUCUGUUUGACGCCGUGUCCAUCAUGGACGCUGAUAUCCUGGGCUACUGCCAGAAGGAGGCUUGGUGCAAACUGGCCUUCUACCUCCUCUCCUUCUUCUACUACCUGUACAG